AUGACACAGCCUCACACACAAGGCAAUAUUUUCUACCACCAGGCUGUUGGACAUUCAGUCCCAGCCAAUAACGAACUUUUGCCCAACAACGCAGGUUCGGGUGGCUUUCCUGUGAAUCACCAGCUAGCAGGGCAUUUCGAACUAGAGGGAAGUCCCAUCUGUCGGUCAUUCGACUCCGAUUCUGGUGACUUGACCCGGAAUAUAGCUGAUCACAAGGAUCAGGUUAAUCCAUUUCAGGGGUUUCUCACGAACCAACGUAAUCGAGCCCAAUCGAGCCCAAUCGAGCCCAAUCGAGCCUCCAAAAUCCCUUCGCCACACAGCCUGACCACAGUCCUGCACAAGAGCCACUCAUCUGACGAAGAGAUGAUGGAGGAGCAACUGGAACACGCUCCCGUCGUUCCUCAGGCUCCAGGUGGUCGUCGACGAAAGCGCAAGGGACAAAGGGACAAAGCCCAAGACCGGAAUCAGAAGCGUAAAUUCCAGGCCAAGAAGGGGAGAGAGCGCCGUCAUGGGCAAGGUGGUCAACCUCAUCCAUUGGGGCCACAAAGACAGGGGGGAAGUCAAGGAGAAGCUUGGCGUGAUACGGGGAAUCCGCCGCAGCCUGCUUCGCGGUUCAAUCCUCCAACUGGACCGAGGGCAUGGAGACAACAGCAUGGUGGGCGUGGUACAGUUUCAUACGAAUGA